AUGACCGUCGAUCCGAGCUUGUAUACUGUUGGCGGAGUCAUUAUUCUCGAUAACGAUGGGAAACGGCUGCUGGGAAAAUACUUUGGCGAUGAAUUUCCGACUCUAAAAGAGCAGAAGCCGUUUGAGAAGAAGAUCUUCGAGAAGACGAGAAAGCGCGAUGACGAGAUCGUUCUUUUGGAUGGACAGACGAUUUGCUAUAAGACCAAUGUCGAUCUACUCUUCUACGUCAUCGGCAGCCAGGACGAGAAUGAGCUUCUUCUAUCUGCUGUUUUGAAUUGCGUUUACGAUUCGAUCUCGUUAAUCCUGCGAAAAAACGUUGAGAAACGAGCGCUUUACCAUCACCUGGAAAACGUAUUUCUUGCGAUUGACGAGAUCAUCGACCAAGGAAUCAUCAUGGAAAUUGACCCCAACAAUGUUUACAACCGAUUAGCCAUUCGAUCUGAAGACAUUCCACUUUCGGAGACAAAUCUCUCCCAGUUCCUCGAACGAGCCAAAGAAGAAGUCAAAUGGAGCUUCUUCAAAUAA